CUCGAGCUGCAUUCGUACAUGUGGGCAGCAUGCGGCGCCCUUGCCUUUUUCGCCACCGUCAUCUCCGGAUACCUGAUCUCCACUCAUCUCCGAAACUUCAGCAACCCCAGCCAGCAGCGCCACAUUGUCCGCAUCCUGCUCUUCAUUCCGAUCUACUCGAUCCUCUCGUGGUGUGCCUUCCGCUACUACACCUAUGCGGUCUACUACUUCAUGAUCCGCGACUGCUAUGAGGCCUUUGUCGUCUACAGCUUCUACGCUCUGAUCAUGAGCUACGCCGGCGACGUCGAGGAGCAUCUCAAAACCAAGGGCAUGAUGAAAUACCCUUUCAUUGGCUUCCUUCUGCCCCGAUACAACCCGGCUUCCCGCUGGUUCUUGCCUGGAAACCGAGUCGCUGUCCUUCAGUACGUCGUCGUUCGACCUGUGAUGACGCUUGUCGCCGUUGUCCUUCAAGCUCUCCAGCGCUACUGCCCCGAGUCCUUCUCGCCGGUCUAUGGUCACUUUUGGUAUAUGGUUCUGAACGUCACCAGCGUCAGCAUCUGCAUGUAUGCGCUCAUCACCAUGUACUACACCAUCCACGAUGAAAUCGAGAGCUACAACCCCUUCUCGAAGUUCCUCUCCAUCAAGCUGGUCAUCCUGCUCACCAUGUGGCAGAACUUGCUCAUCGGCAUGCUUGUUCACUACGGUGUCAUCCAGGCCACCCAGUACUGGUCCCGCACCAACGUCGGAAACGGUGUCCAAUCCAUGCUGGUCUGCUUCGAGAUGUUUGUUGUCUCGAUCGUGCAUCUCUACGCAUUCAGCGCCAAGGGCUAUUCCAACACUGGCUCAAAGUCGCUGUCGUUUGGAAAGGCACUCUCGCUUUGCCUCAAUCCCGUCGAU